AUGACUAAAUCCAAAAAUAGCAUGGCCCCUCCUAGAUGGACGUCAGUUGAACAAGAGGCUUGGUUGCAACCUUGGUAUGAAAAAUUCAAGGCAAAGCAGGGUGAAAAAAGCAAGAACUACAAGAAUUUCUUUGCCGACCUUUGUGAACAAUGGUUUGAAGAGUUCCCAGAACCAAGGCCAGGUCACAUCACACAGGUAGGACCCCUGACGUUAAUGGAGAUGGGUGCAGCUCAUGAUGCACGUAAGACACCUAGGAGGUUCAAGAUCGGGCAGAAAGGCAAAGGCAAAUACAAUGACAUUACUGAGUGCAAAAAGUCCACGCACAUGCUCCAGGAACAGGAGGCAUACUCAAAACUGUUCUACACAACUCAUGUUCAGCCAACUGUUAAAGGAUCCCUGGAGAAAGCCGCUCAAGAACACAGGACACUUACCAAUGGCGAACACGUCGCUCUUGUGAAGAAGGAGACUGCAAUGUUAUAUGCCCAGGAGUCGCCUGAUAUCAAGGACCAAGUGAAGCAGUAUCUCGAAGACCAGAAGCGGCAGAGAAUCCAAGAUAAGCAAAUCGGACGGAGGCAAAUGUGUGUGGCACCAUAUCACCAACUUACCUCCGCUUCGAAAAGAAACCUCGACAAACUUGCGGCAGUCGCUAACUCAUUCUUGAAAGGGCUGGCAGAAGCAACUGGGAUGUUGUUCUCCCUCCUUGCUGGGGGUCCAUCUCCAGAAGCACUUGGGGCAAUUGAUAUCUAUAGUUUUCAUGUUGGUCAAACAAAGCUAGGUAACAACUUUAGCACCACAUACCCUGGGUUUGACGCCGGUGUCAUGGAGCCCUUUCAAGACUUUCUACAUCGAGUAUACCCUGAGGCUGGUGUAUCAAGCCCACAACAGCAAGAGGGUAGUAGUGGAACUGGUGGUGACACAAGGGAUUCGUCGUCGCACUUGGAUAUAUAUAAGUCGGGUAGUACCAGCGGUAGCGUCUCUAAUGCCUUGUCCACUGGAGAUGUAUCACUAUAG